UUACACUCGUCUCUUGUUUCAAGCAGCGCUCGCCGGACACACGCUCGACGCCCCAUUCAUCCCUGCGUCUUUAUUUGCGAGUGUGCGCGACUGGCGUCGUGUGUUUGUAGUAGUCUUCAGACAGGCAUGUCAGGCUCAACUUCCCCGCCUCCUGCGGCAGAGGCUGUAGGACCCGACGGGUGUUUUCCCCCCGGAUACAAGCCUUUCAAACCCGAGGAGCACGGCCUGGAGCGCGGGUUUCGUCUCACAGCAUUUUCGGACCUGAAAGGAUGAGGCUGCAAGGUCCCGCAGGAGGCUCUGCUCAAACUCCUGGCGGGACUGGAGACGGACCGGGCCGACGGGACGGGGAAGGCCGAUGACCAAGCAUCGGAGUUCGGCCAACAGUUGCCCGGCCCCCGACUCGGUGUAGGGAUGGACUGCUGUGUGAUUCCCCUGAGGCAUGGUGGGCUCUCACUGGUCCAGACCACAGACUUCUUCUACCCUCUGGUGGAGGAUCCUUACAUGAUGGGCAGGAUAGCGUGCGCCAACGUCCUCAGUGAUCUCUACGCCAUGGGCAUCACAGAGUGCGACAACAUGCUGAUGCUACUGAGUGUCAGCCAGAAGAUGAAUGACAAGGACCGUGAGCGGGUGAUGCCGUUGAUUAUUCAAGGGUUUCGCGAUGCAGCAGAGGAGGGAGGGACUUCUGUGACAGGUGGCCAGACGGUGAUCAACCCCUGGAUCAUCGUAGGAGGAGUAGCAUCAGUUGUCUGCCAGCCCAAUGAGUUCAUCAUGCCGGAUGGUGCCGUUCCAGGGGACGUCUUGGUUCUGACUAAACCUCUGGGGACGCAGGUGGCUGUGAAUGCUCACCAAUGGCUCGAUCAGACUGAAAGGUGGAACAAGAUCAAGCUAGUCGUCACCAAAGAGGAAGUAAAAGAGGCCUAUCAGGAAGCCAUGUUCUCCAUGGCAACGCUAAACCGCACUGCGGCAGGCCUAAUGCACAAGUUCCAGGCUCACGCUGCCACAGACGUGACUGGUUUUGGGUUGUUGGGACACGCCAACAACCUGGCGGCACAGCAACGAAACGAGGUGGCCUUCGUCAUCCACAACCUGCCAAUCAUAGCCAAGAUGGCUGCCAUCAGCAAGGCCUGUGGGAACAUAUUCAACCUGGUUCAGGGCAAGUCAGCAGAGACUUCUGGUGGGCUGCUGAUGUGUCUGCCCAGAGAGCAGGCGGCCAAGUUUUGCUCGGAGAUGAAGAGCCAGAGCUCCGGAGCUGGAGGUCAGGGGGCGGCGGGCGGAGCGUGGAUAAUCGGAAUCGUAGAAAAAGGCGACCGCCGCGCUCGAAUCAUCGACAAGCCACGUAUCAUCGAGGUUCCACCACGAGGAACCCAGGCAGCGAAUCAGGACAACAACUCCACCAGCCCUGCUCCCAGCGCCAAUUUGUCAUAGACACUUGCUGCCCCUCUGACACUGGUCUUGUGUGUGUGUGUGUGUGUGUGUGUGUGUGUUGAGUGUGUGGUGCUGUCCAUCUCAUCUCCCUUUUCAGUCAAAAUGCUGAGAGCACACAGACGAAAAUCAUUGUCAUCUUUUCCAGCGGGAGAGGGGAUGGACAGCAAUCCACUUUUAUUUAUCCAUCUUUGGAAAGAGCUGCUGAAAGGAGGCCUACCUUUCACCGUCUUGGAAUGAAAUGUAAAUUCAGGGUAAGGCAAGUUUAUUUAUAUGGCACAUUUUUAGCAACAAGGCAAUUCAAAGAGCUGUACGUAAAACACCAAAACAUUGAGACAAAGUCCAAAAGAAAUGCAAGAUAUAUAUUGUGCAAAAAAAAAAAAAACUAAACCCUGUUUCUUCAUGUUUAGUUUUGGGGACAAAAGCAGACCUGUCCCAAACGUUCAUAAUGUAGCAGAAGAUCAGGAAUGCCAUUCAGUGCUCUAUAAACCAUUAAGGGUUUUUUUUUAAAUCAAUUCUUUGACUGAAAGUAGUAUACUGUACUACCCCGCCUCUUCUUAAUUAGAUCUGCAUUCCCUGCCUUUCCUUUUUCCCUUUCACAAUCCAUAUAGACGACUGAUUUAUAUAAUUGAUCUGAAUGUAAAAAGGACUUUCAAUUCUAAAGAGAAAACAUUCCAAUUCUUGGUAGUAAAUAAGGAAAAUUGAGUGUAAAUCUGCGUGUGUUUGAGUAUUUUAUCAUUCGCCUGGGGUGCUUUGCUGUGUGGAAGUGGACCAGAGGGUUUUUUGGUGAUUUUUUUUUUUUCUUUUGGAAGUGGAUGAUGUUAAUGUCAGUGAAUGUAUCAUGUGGAAACGAAAACACGGUUUAUCGGUCCUGGCACCUGGCUCUGCCCACACGGCUCGGAGGAAGGCUUGAGCAGCUUUCUUUGGACCAGCUGGGUGGUGUUCAGAAUGUCCGUCAGUGUCAGCUGAUUGGCUGUCCAGCAACAAGUCCCUCCCACCCUUCCUUUUUAUGAAGCUCUGCCUUUUAAACCCCAGUCAACGGGGGCAGGUGGAGCGGAUGUUUGCCUUUGGAUUGGGGUCGGACUAAGACUGCUGGAGGUCUAAAGCUGUCUGUUCUUUGUAGAUGUUCUGCUUUUCACAAUCAAUAAACCAUUAUCAUCAACUC